AGCAGAGCCAUGAGGGGGGCGCAGCUCCCGCCCGCCCUCCAGGGGAGCGCUGCAAAAGCGCGCACCGCCUCCCCUGUGCCGGGCGGCGGCUUGGCCUCGCCGGCUUGCCGUAGCGGGGCUGGCGGGGGGCCGUUGCUGCCGCUGCCGCUGCCGCCGCCUGCGGUACUUCCGUGCUGGCGGGGACGGGCCCCCGUGAUGGCACAGCACGGGCCGAGUGUCACGCUGUCCCUCACGCUGCCCAUCACCUGCCACAUCUGCCUGGGGAAGGUACGUCACCCAGUCAUCUGUGUCAACAGCCAUGUAUUUUGUUCUAUUUGUAUUGAAGUGUGGCUGAAGAACAAUAAUCAGUGCCCAGCUUGCAGGAUUCCCAUCACACCUGAAAAUCCUUGCAAGGAAAUUAUAGGAGGAACAAGUGAAAGUGAUCCUAUCUUUAGCCCGACAGUCAGAAAACACCUACGUAAAACAAGGCUUGAAUUGCUCCACAAAGAAUAUGAGGAUGAAAUAGAAUCCCUGCAAAAAGAAGUGGAAGAUCUGAGAGGUAAAAAUCUCAGUUUACAGACACAGCUGAAAUCUCUUCUGGAUCCUACGGCAUCAGCUUUGUCUUGCCAAAAUGAGGAAACUAGCCAAUCAGCAAAUGAAGCAAGGACCAGUGGCCCAGAAACCCCAGAGGAAUGGAGCAAAAAGCUGAAAGCUGCCAAUGAUAUGUAUGAAAAAGUGAUGGAUAACACGGAAAAGCUAAAGGAGGCAAAUAAGAAACUGAGCAUGGAAAACAAUAGCCUUUUAAGAGAGAAUUUGAGACUGAAAGCUGAAGUUGAUAAUAGAUCACCCCAAAAGUAUGGUAGGUUUACAGUAGCUGCACUUCGGUCCAGAGUAGAACAAAGUGAACGUGAAAUGAACCGUCUAAAAAAGGCACUGGAAAGAAGUGAUAAAUACAUAGAAGAAAUUGAGUGUCAGCUUUUACAGCUGCAAAAUGCAGCCAAAGGAACACAGACAGUGAGCACUGUUAGUGAGAGAGUGCUUUCCACAGAUGCUAAAGGAGCCGAGAGCAGUGAAGAUGCAACAUGUUUGAAAGCCCAAGUUGAGGAAAAAAAAGCUUUGACUACCAGUCAAAGUCCUGACAGUCUUGAACAGCUGACAAGUGGUGAAACUAGUUUAAGCUCUUCUAGUCAAGAGGGUUCAAAUGGCUCAGAUACCCAGUGUGCCUCAAAGAAAGAACUGUUUCCAAGAUGUCAUGGGGUUCUCCUGGACGAAAAUACUACAAAUAUGGAUGCCUGCUUAGAAGAGCAGUGGAAUAAAAUUGAGGAAUGUACCCCAUAUAAGGACAAAGAACUUUAUGAUCUUCCACCAUCGUGCACUCCUUUUCUGUCUCUCAGUCGCCUUCAGUUGAACACUCCUGAUGGGAAAGAAAAUGCAAGGAAACCAUCAGCGUUCCUGAGAAAACUGAAAUUUGAAGAGUUUUGUGAUACUUCAGAUGAUUGCAGCAAAGAUGCUCCUGAACACAGCACAAGCAGCUGUAAUAACGAAAAGAAGCUAAACUGUUUUACUACAGGAAAAUCAGGGUUUUGGGGGACCUGCCCCGCAAAUUUUGCUGAGAACUUAGAUUUUGAUGAAUCAGAGCAAAAUUCAGUAGCUGGUCAGUCAGAUGAGACAUCAGCAAAGUCCAGCGAUAAAACAAGUUCUUGCUUACCUAAGAGGUUGCAUACCCUCUGCUCUUCUGAAAUGAAUCGCACAAGAACCUCUAGCGAGGCAUCUAUGGAUGCUGCCUACCUCGAUAAAAUUUCUGAGUUGGACUCAAUGAUGUCGGAGUCAGACAACAGCAAGAGUCCAUGCUAUAAUUUCAAAUCCUCUGAUCUUGAUAAUUCUUCAAAGUCAACAGAGUGCUCUAAGCUUCUGAAUGGGUCCGAAAAGAAACUGGAAGAGAUGAAUGAGGAACAGAGUAUGAAGUGUCCAGAGACAAGCGAUCCAGCAGUUGACAGAACUGGCUGGAAACCUGCUGUGUUUUCCAUGCUCUCCCCAUCUGAGCUGGGUAUGAAUGACCACUUUCCACUGUUUACAGGCCAGAACACAGUGGCUAGUGAUAUCAAACCUCCAAACUGUUCAUUUCAAAGAGACUUUUCUCAGAGUUCGCUAUUCAGUAACUCACAAAGGUUGUUUGAGGAACAAAAGUUUGGUUCCUGCUUUUUAAAGAUGCCAUCUGACCUGCACAAUCAGCUUAAUCCUCCUUGGGUGUCUUCCUUUAUAGCUGAAAGGAAAAAUAAAAAUGCCAGUCAGUCAACCAAGAGGAAAAUUCAAAGCAGCCUUUCCAGUGCUAGUCCAUCAAAAGCCACCAAAAACUGAUUCUGCUUGGAAAGCAAACUUGACUUAAAGUCGUCAACCUGCAAAUGUUUAAUAUUUACAGGUGAACUUAAUGACUACCAUGCAAUCCAAUGUAUGUGAAAUCUGAACAGUCCCUUCCCUGUUACAAGCUUUUUCCUAGGCAAGAACGAGUUCAGGUUCUUUUCUUUGGCCGGGCAUUUUAUUCACUUGGGGGUGGGUUUUUGGAUUUUAAGUUUUCACGUUACAUCAUCUUCUAGUUGUGGACACAGCUAAUGGUUCCCUUGAGCAGGACAGUUGCAAGUGAUCUUGUCAAAUCAUGUCUGUAAGAAUUUAUUUUAAAAGUUACAUUUCCCAUUCCUAAAGAUUGUCUUGUGCGUGUAAGGCAGCUACUGGCUAUAUAUCCUAUGGAUUCAUGGAAUUGCUAUAAAACAAUGUCACUUUUGCCAUAAAACUCACCUACCAGAUGAAAUGUUGCUGCUUGGACUGUUUCAUAGCACUGUGCUAUACUGAAUGAAACUCUUUGUUUUAUGGGGGUGUAAGGUAGCAGCCUCUUUCUUUUCAGGCUUACAGCACUUCAGUUAAAAAACAUCUCUUCAUGAACACUGC